UCUUCGGAGCCUCACCCGGAAGCUGUUGUCUUAAGAGAGCCGCGCGAAGAUGCGAAUAUGAACCCUUUAACUAAGGUGAAGCUGAUCAACGAACUGAAUGAGCGAGAGGUUCAACUUGGGGUGGCAGAAAAGGUGUCUUGGCACUCGGAAUACAAGGACAGCGCCUGGAUCUUUCUUGGAGGGCUUCCUUAUGAACUGACAGAAGGAGACAUCAUCUGCGUGUUCUCACAAUAUGGGGAGAUUGUCAACAUUAAUCUUGUGAGAGACAAGAAGACUGGGAAAUCGAAAGGAUUCUGUUUCCUGUGCUAUGAAGAUCAGAGGAGCACAGUUCUGGCUGUUGACAAUUUCAAUGGAAUUAAGAUUAAAGGAAGAACUAUCCGUGUGGACCAUGUAUCUAAUUACCGGGCUCCUCAGGAAUCAGAAGAUGUGGAUGAUAUGACUAGAGAGCUCCAGGAGAAGGGCUGUGGGGCUAAAACACCCCCGUCAAGUCCUCCUGAAGUCUCUGAAGACGAAGAUGCCAAACUCUCAAAAAAGCACAAAAAAGACAAAAAAGAGAAAAAGAAAAAAAAGAAAGAAAAGGAGAAGACUGAACGCCAGGUCCAAGCAGAGCUGCCAUCCUGCUCCAAAAGCACAACAGUAAAGGAAAAGGAUGAGCAUAGCUCGAAGAAGCACAGCAGCAAGACCUCAGAGAGAGCACAGAAGUCUGAAUAUAGAGAGAGGAAGAAGAGUCACUCAGGUUCCCCUGAUGGCAGGAGUUCCUACAGUGGUAGAGUAGAGGACCCUGAGUGGGAGGCAAAGAAAGAGAAACCCAAGCAUGAGCAUAAGUCCUCAAGCAGGAGGGAGGGUGAAGAAAAGAGCAGAGAGAAGGAUAGAGGGAGGAGCUCAGGCACUCAUUCCAGCAGGCAUGGUGGGCAUUCUGAAAGGUGGAGUCAUGGAAGUAGAAGUAGGAGUCCAGAUAAGUCCUAUAGGCACAGAAAGCAUGGGCACUCUCGGGAGCGCGAGUCCUUCCAUUCUAGUGACCGUAGACAUUACUGAAGCCUGUUCCAGCUGCCCAGUUCUUUGAAAACGAAUUUUGUUGCAUAAUGCCAGUUUCUCUUUGUUGUUGUUAUUUCUAUAUAUAAAAAUUUGGGGACCAAAUGUUUUGAAUCCCUUACAUGACAGAGUUGUUGAAAAGGCUAUAGUUUCAAUAGCUAGAUAUCUGUUUUAAAACAAACAAACAAACAAACUAAAAAACAUGAUCCAUUGUCCCUGGGGAAAUAUUUAAAUAAAUAUUUAAAUAUUUAGUACUGACCAGAGUAUGUGCCUAAAAUUUGGUUUAUAAAUUUGGCCCUUAAACCCACAAACCUCUGAUUUAAGGUAAGAUUUUUCAGGGAAGUCAAAACUCAAGACAAUGCUGAAGUUCUAGUCUUCGUGUUACUUAUUUAGAGGCCAGCACUGUAGGAACCUACCAGAUGGCAGAUACAACUGUAAAGAGGUAGCUCCGGAGAUUCGUUGUUUUUAGUUUUUGAUGGUUAUAUACAUGUCUAUGUAUUUUUUCUUUGUAACUUAUUUAUUUGUAUUGAGAUGAAAUUCGUAUAAAGUAAAGUUAACCAUUCUAAACA